UUUUUCAUCCUCUGCUCUGAGCUCUCCCUCUUCUCCGCCCCCCACCCACUGCACGUCGGUUGAUGGGGAAGGAUGUGGUUCUCUCGUCCAUCCUGGAGAAGUACAGAUUGCAGGAGCCAUGGCUUGCUCCGAAACCCUGGGAAUCGAUUGCCUCCGAGAGCGGUGCAUCUCGACCACCACCUUCUUCCGUGGCUGGCGCGGAGCUUCGCGCAGACGAGAUCUCGGAAGCUAUGUUGGUUAAAUUGGCUCUCAAUGCACUGCAAGGUUCUGAUUCGGCUCUUGCUGACCUAGAAAAGCUCUCUUCAAUAUUUAGUGUUACUCCAGCUGAUCUAAGCGCCUAUAGCGUUCCUAAUUUAUGGCAUCGAUCUGCCAGCACAAAGGCAUUAGGAGCGAUGCUCAAAUCUAUAAGUCAUUAUGGUGCUAUAUGUUCGGGUCUGCAAAAAUUUGUGGACUAUUUUAUUGGCGGUAACAUGAAUGUCCACCGUGAAGCUAGAAAGGAUAAGGACGCCACACGUAGUUCACACACCAAGGGAAGGAAAAAAAAUCGAAAGCCCCUCAAUGAUUCAGAUAGUGGUAUAGUAUCUCCGGAUGUGGAAUUAAGUACACACAUCGUGUCUAGGUCUCAUCCUCCUUAUAGUCUUAUAAACUAUGGAUUUUCUGUUGGCAUGAAUCUGGUUCUGCAAGGAUAUCUUUGUGCAAUAAAUACGUUAGAAGCAUCUAUUUAUCUAAGACGCUCAUCAAAUGCCAAAGAACUGGCCAAAGAUGCGGGUGAAAAGGGUUGCCGUACAAGUAUUCUUCAAACCGACGUUACUCUUUUGGAGGUUUACCUACACACUGAGGAACUGAGGACUCGCAUUCAAGCACUUGGAGCUAUUUGCAUGCUGAAAAAUGCAAUGCCUGCUUUGUCACAGUCAUCAGAAGAAGUGCACAAGGGUGUAAGUGCAGGAGGGGUGGAGUUCUGUAAUUUUCCUAGAGGAGCAGAUUUACUUACCUACCUUUAUAAGCAACUUCAGGAUACUGAUCCAGUUCAUGAAGUGCUGCUCAAAUUUCUCUUUUAUCAUUCCUUUGAUCUGUACUAUCGUCUCAUUAGAUCAUGGAUAUAUCAAGCAUCCAUAAGUGAUCCCUACGGAGAGUUUAUUGUAGGAAGUGUGGACGACUCCACUUGUAACUGUCAAGAUGUGGCCGUUUGCAAUAUUAGCUCUACCCUGCCACCUUAUGAGAUUCAUGAAGGUGUUGCUUUGCCUUGUUUUCUGAAGGAUGUUUGUGGGCUUAUCUUUCGUGCUGGUCAGCAACUUCAACUACUGGUGAAGAUGCUAGAGUUCUUUGAUUGUCAGUUCAUUGGAAUUGACAAUUAUGGCGAAAAGCCUUUUUCAUAUUCUGGGCUGAGCAAUCUAGAGGUUAUUCUCCCCUUUUGGAAUUGUUCAUCACAUGAAGUCUUUUAUUCCACUUUGUCAUUUAGCAAGCAGAGUAUUGAAGGUCUCAUAGCAAAGAGGAAGGCCAUGUACAGUGUAAUGGAGGAACAGCUCAACAGAUUUUUCUUAGAGCUGAAUACCAGAUCGAGAAAGUUAAAUGACAAUGUGCUACGUUAUGGAGACACUCCUGCUUACCUUGGUAUGAAAGUGGCUAAUAGUAGCGGAGUAUCUUCUUCAGCACCUGAGGAGGUUGCACUCCACAGCCUGUCUGUUUCCUAUCAAGCAAACACACUGGUUGUUGAUCAGGAAGAAGGUUCUGGUUCUCUUAGUUCAUCUGAAGUUCUUAGUUCUGAAAUGGAUUUAUUGGAUGAUGAUUCAGAUCCUUCUGGAGCCUUUUCAUUGCACAGCUAUGAAGAAAGAUACCUAGGGAUGAAGCCACUGGAACAACAUGAUUUUUCAACUUUUUCUGAUCUGGUCAAUAGUAAUUUUCUGGUCAAGGAAUCUUCUCAAACUGAAGAUUUGAGUUCUUUCUGUGGAACUACUUCCUCCUUAUUGCUUGAUAAGAAGUUGGAAGAUGUGCGGUCUGCUACCAAAUUUUCUAACUCAACGAAUAGAUGUCUACUUCCAGGGCAUACAACUGUACAAAAGGAACUUCAUGUGCCAAAUGCAUCAUCUGAUGAUGAAAUUCCAUGUUGUAGAAUCUGGCCUCUUGGAGGUCUUCUGAGGAAUCCAUUACUAGCAGAUGUUUUUCAAGAAGCUAUGGUUGAGAAACACUUUGACAGCAAAGGGUUUGAGGUUUCACUUGAAGCAUCUACCUCUCAUCCAUGGGGCGUUUCACAAGCACACAAUGUUCUCAGUGUUAAUCCCAUGUUGGCAAGACAUGACUGGUUGCAGGUAAUGUCGUCAAGAGAUGGGAGUCAGUUAGACAGGCUUCCAUAUUAUGAUUUUUCUUCUGUCCAAGAUCCUUGUAGUGCAAAAGGAGAGAACCAACUUCUUCACACGUCUGAUAUUGGAAGCCAGAUUGCAUCUAGUAGGUUUAGGGUCAAGGAGGGCAUUAAUUCUGGUUCAGAGAAAGGAAAAGAAAAUAGGGAUUUGCAACUCUGCAAUGGGGCUGAAGGUGACAUAUUCAGCUCUUCAGUUGCUAAUGAAGCUAUGUCAGUUUCUUCUAGUUCAGGCGAAACAUCAACAACUGACUUACGGAAUGGGGGCCCCCUACAGUGCUUUUCUGGUGGUGCACAGUGGGAAACUAUACUGAAGAGUUCAGUUAAAGAUUGCAAGCAUGGUUCAUCGUAUCAUGAUCACAGUUUGACAGAUAACUCUGAGGUCCCAUUGGAUGUUGUCAUUGACAGCUGUAUUGUGCAGGAGAUUUUUCUUCAAUAUAAAUACAUAAGUAGCUUUUCUGUUCGGUUACUUGAAGAAGGAUUCAACCUACACGAGAAUUUGUUGGCCUUGCGCCGUUAUCAUUUUAUGGAAGCAGCUGACUGGGCAGACAUGUUUGUGAAUUCUCUUUCCCAGCAUAAUGGUUACAAUGAUCCCAACCAUACUAUUUCUGUAGCCCAAGGGUUGCUUGAGUCAGCAUUGCAGAGCUCUUCAUGUGAGAAAGAUGCGUACAAGGAAAGACUUUUUAUAUAUAAAAAAGAGCAGAAUCAGCAGACUGUAGGCCCCUUAACAUCCUCAUGUGGAACACAUAUUUAUGAUUUCAUGGCGUUGGGAUAUAAGGUGGACUGGCCAGUUUCUAUCAUCUUGACACCCGAAGCACUAAAAAUUUAUGCAUCUGUUUUUCGGUUUCUUAUUAAAAUCAAGCUGGCUGUUUCUUCAUUACUUGAUGUUUGGCUCUUUCUCAAGGAUCUGAAAUAUAUAUCAAAAUCUGAAGCUGAGAGACAGGAUUUGAACCGUUUAAAUAUUUUAUUUCAGCUCAGGCAACAGCUCAAUCAUUUCUUGGCGACUCUUCAAGCCUAUGUGCAAUCUCAGCUGUUGCACAAUGCAUGGUGGAGGUUCUGUCAUAAUCUUGAGUAUAAGGUCAAAGACCUGUUGGACCUAGAAUCUGUGCAUAUGGCUUAUCUUUGUGAAGCUUUGGAGAUAUGUUUUCGUGGGUUGGAAAUGGAGGCUGUUGCGGACAUUCUAGACAACAUCCUGGAAUGUGCAGUUAACUUCCUGUCAUGCUUUACUAGAUAUGGUCAGAAGUUCCAGAUCAACUGCAGCAGUUUGUCAGAUUUGUUAAUGCAAGUUAACAUUUCACAAGUGCUUGCUGUUAAAGCAACAUUUGAGAAGAGUAUGAGGGAGCUGCAUUCAUGCUAUCUAAGAUACGAAAGAAGCAGAGAGUUUGGCCUCUAUCUAUUCUGGGAGUAUCUUGACUUCAACGAGUAUUUCUCCAACUUGAUUGUCAAGAGAUAAUGAUGAUAUUUCCAACUUCUGCUCAAUUAGCCUGUGUGCCAUCAAAAACUCCAUAUUCAUUUGCCUCUUUUUUCAUUCAAAUGGUGCCUAAGAAAAUGUCUCGGAUAGGAAGGCCUUCAUCUUGGGAACUAUGAUCUCCAUACCUAACAAUAGCAGGUCGACUCUCACCAUCAUUAUUCAGGAAAGGAGGCACUUGCAGUUGAGAUGAGUUAUGAGAGCAUAUUGUAUGGUGACCUUAAAGAUUUGAUUGAUAGAUAGAAUGGGGAGGAGAGGUAAUUGGUAAUUCAUUAAAAGUACGAGAAUUUCACUUGGACUUGGUUGCGGAGCUGUGAAAAUCAGCAGUUUAGACUGGAUCACCGAAGCUUGAGGACAGUAUGUUUUCUGGUAUACCGAGUGCCUAAUGUUAUCUAAGGGUUUUGUAUGGAAGUCAUACUUCAGAAACGUUGUGAGACAAAUGGAAUUGGCUUGCUGGCGUGGGUAUAUAACUUAAACCAAAAUUUAACUGGCUCCACUUGUGCUGGAUACCUUGAGCCACAAUUCUUAAAAUUCUUGUGUUUUGAUGUGCUCUGUUGGUCUGACAACCUGUGUAUAUUCUUAUCCAUGUCAUUAUAAUUAACCAUACGGUUGUGAAGUUUGA